AUGGUCAACACCGAGAUUUCGUUCAAUUCCGAAGACGCCUGGAUCAAUUUGUUCGUCGGCGGCGAGAUUUAUCCGGUUCAAAUCAAAACGCUUAUGAAUCCCGAGACUUGCGGCACCUAUUUUCGCGAUGUGGUCCGUGUUAGCGACUCGUCGAUCAAGGUUCGCGGCGUCAAUUGGGACCAUUCGCCGAAUCACAUCAAAAAUCGCGUCGACAUCGACCGCGACGGCCUUCUAUUCCGUCAUGUCCUUCAAUACAUGCGCAACGCGAAAUCGACGAGUCUCCCCGGGGACCAAUUCACCUUGGAAGCGUUGAUGUGCGAGUCCGACUUUUUCGGAAUGGACAAACUUCGCGAGAUGAUCAAGAAGAAGUUGUGGAAGCUCACCGGCAAACGCCACUAUUUCGCAUGCUAUUCGGAUUCGGAUUAA